AUGGAGAACGAAAAGCCUUCCAGCAGCUCGAGAGCCUUUCCUUGCCCCUACGAGGGCUGCCUCCAGGCGUUUGCGUCUGCAGGACAGCUCGUCAACCACAAGAAGUUCACGCCGGACCAUGAAUACUGCGAGAGAUGCGAUGAGGACUUCAAGUUCGAAGAAGACUUGCUACUUCAUAAGAUGAAGAGCUCUAGGCAUAUCAUUUGCCCCAUCUGCUUUGAUGAUUUCCGCAGUGAGGGUGGCCGAGAUAUGCAUAUCCAGCAGUUCCACCGUGAAGAGCAGAAUAUCGAGUGUAUCGGAUGCAAGGCCAAGUUCCUGCGUGCUGCUCCCCUGAUGGCGCACGUCGAGCAGGGCCAGUGCGAGAAGAUCAGCCUCGACAAGUAUCGCAUGCGAAGAGUCGAGAAGAAGGCCGUCAAGGAUAAGAUGAACGAACACUUGACUGUGCAGCACUCCUUCUUGCUCUCGUCCGCUGCCUCUAGCGUUGACGGGGGCGUCGGGGUGACCAUCGAGAGCGUGCUAGAAGAGAGUCCGGACAAGACAGCCGAGAUCGAAGCAAAGAAGGCUUCAAUCACCGAGAAGAUGAGUGCCAUGGAGCUGGGGGGAGAUCGGUUCGAUAGUUUUGCUCCUGUUCCCGAAUCCGUCCGCAGCAUCAAGCAGUGGCCUACUCUACGUGAAGGAGACGGUGAGGAUGAAGAGAGUGACCACGGCGGGCCUUCGUCUCGCUCUAAUUUUAAGGAUGACGACCUCAUGGCCUUCUCAGAGGCGUCCUAUGCUAGAAGCAGAGGAGGCCACGAGAGGCCUACUAUCGAGACCGUCAUCCCCCGUCCGGGACCGCUAAGUGCGUCAGCCUCAGACUCAGGCUCUGGCUGGGAUACGUCUCGCGUCAUCCCAGCUCGUACAUUGACCGAGCAUGAAGCCAGCAGAAAGAUCACCCUGUCUGAGAGCGAGCUCAGCAAGUUCUUCAGCGAUGUUCAUGGCACCUAUAUCUGUCCCUGCGACACCUCGUUCAAGACCAAGGGAGCACUCCAGCAGCACAUUGCCUCGGGUGUCCACGCAGCAGGAGUCGCUCGUUGUCCAGUGUGUCUGCGUAUGUUCAAAUCCUCCGCCGCACUGGUUGCGCAUUGCGAGUCUGCCACCAAACGCUGCAGGAUCAACCAGACGAGAAACUUCGGCCAGGUCAUCGACGAGAUAUCUGGAGGAAUCAUUGGGGCUGCCGGUCGUAACGAUGAUGGGACCGUCCGCUUCGAAGCUGCGCCGGGAGCCAAAGAGAUUGAAUGGUAA